GUUUUACGGAAGUGAAAUAAAUUUUAGGGCAACUUAUUCAACACAAAGGUUCAGAGGAGGAAAUAUAAAUAUUGUUUUAGCUGUGAAAUGGUGAAAGAUGGCGACUGUUGAAGAACUGCUUCUGAAGUCACUGGAGGAAUUGGUCAAAGAUGAUCUUAAGAAGUUUCAGUGGCACUUAAAGAAACAUAAAUGUAUAUCAUCAUCUGAAAUGGAGGAUGCAGAUCGGUUAAAAACAGUGGAUAAGCUGGUAACGUGUUUUGGACCAGAAGAAGCUGUGAAGAUCACGGUCGGCAUCCUGAGGAAGAUCAGCAAGAAUGAUCUGGCUGAACAGCUGGAGAAAGAACACAAGCAAGCUGAUAAAUCUCCAGUCCAGAUAAGCAGCAGUGCUCAGCCUGGAGCCAAUGUUGUUAAAAUGAAAGCUGAAACAGGUGCAAGUGUAAAUGCUCCUGUACUCACCUUCACUGGAACAGAAAACUUCAUCUACAGCUCACCUGAUCCAGGAAACGGCUCUGCUGCAGAGGACAAUAAAGCUACUCAUAAUGAUUACACAAAGAUCUUGAAGGACAAGUUAAAACAGCAAUGUGAGCGGAUAUUGGUUGGUAAUUCACAGACGGGUCAUAAUAAAUACCUGGACGAUAUUUACACUGAUUUAUAUGUGGUGGAGAAUCAGACUGGAGGAAGAACGAAUGAACACGAGGUGAGACAGAUCGAAUCAAAUCACAACAGACUGACUGCCAAAGAUACGCCGAUCCAGUGUAAUGACAUGUUCAAAGAUCAUAUGGGUCGACAAAACAGAAAAGUGCUCACAGUGGGGAUUGCAGGAGUGGGAAAAACUGUCUCUGUCAAUAAAUUCAUCCUUGACUGGGCUAAAGGAAAAGAAAAUCAAGAAACAGUCUUCAUUUUUCCACUCCCAUUCCGUGAACUGAAUUUGAUUAAAGAGGAGUACAGUUUAAUGGGACUGCUUAACACAUACUGCUUAAGUGGCCUUACAGAGCUGACAUCUCUUCCUGAAGAUGGCAAUAAGGUCAUGUUCAUCUUUGAUGGGCUGGAUGAAUGUCGCUUCCCUCUGAGCUUUGAAGAGGGUGACAGUUUUACAGAUGUUAAUAAGAAAACAACAGUGAGUAAGAUAGUUACAGCCCUAAUCAAGAAACAUCUGCUUCCCUCUGCUCUCAUCUGGAUCACAUCCAGACCAGCAGCAGCCAGUCUGAUACCCCGAGAAUACAUUGACCAGGUGACAGAGGUACGAGGAUUCAAUGAUGAGCAGAAAGAGGAGUACUUCAUCAGAAACAGCAGUCCUGAGAUUGCUGAAAACAUCAUCCGUCACAUCAAAAAAUUCAGAAGUCUGUACAUCAUGUGUCACAUCCCGGUCUUCUGCUGGAUCUCUCUCACUGUUCUUCAGCCUCUGCUGGUUCAAGAGAGCAAUGACAAAACACCUACAACCCUCACAGGGAUGUACAUAAACUUUUUACUUUCUCAGAAGCAGCAGAUGAAAAUAAAAUAUUGCAAGGAUCCUAAAACUAAGGCUGAAGUCAUGCCUUUUGAUGAUAUUAUUCUGAAGCUUGGGAAACUGGCCUUUAAACAACUACAGAAAGGUAAUCUGAUUUUCUACAAAGACGAUCUUGAGGAGUGUGGACUAAAUGUCAAUGAGGGUUCUGUGUACUCUGGGUUAUGCACCCGGAUGUUUCAGGAGGAAAAAUCUAUAUCAGAGAGAAACGUUUACAGCUUCAUACAUCUCAGCAUCCAGGAAUUACUUGCUUCUCUCUAUGUGUUUUUCUCUAACAAAAACAAGAAAGCAAACCCAUUUCUUAAAUCCUGGAAAAAACUGACAUGUAACCUGUCCAGAAAGCCACUGUUUGAACUUCAUAAAGCUGCAGUCAAUGAGGCUUUACAAAGUAAGAAUGGACACCUGGACCUCUUCCUCCGAUUCCUCCUGGGUCUUUCAUUGGAGUCCAACCAGAGAGACCUGAAGGAACUACUGCCAGGACUGAAGCUCAAAACAGAGGACACCAAAGACACUACUGACUAUAUCAAAAAGAAAAUAGAGAUGGAGCAAUCAACAGAGAGGACCAUCAAUCUAUUUUACUGUCUGAAUGAACUGAAAGAUGACUUUGUGGAGGAAAUCGAGAAGAAUCUGGGCUCUGGAAAACUUUCAGAGCAGAAUCUCUCUUCUGCUCAGUGGUCGGGUCUGGUGUUUGUGCUCCUCAUGUCAGAAGAGAUUCAAGAGAAGUUUGAACUGAAGAAAUACAGAAGAUCUGAUGAAGCACUGAUGAGACUGCUGCCAGUCAUCAAAAACACCAGAAGAGCACUGUAAGUGUUUUCUUUAUAUUCAUUUAUAUACACUGUUGGUUGAUUAAAGGGGAGACACUGCAGGUAAAAACACCUGUCAAUGUUGAGAUUUAUUUAUUUCUUAAAGUUUACAUAAAGAUUAGUGGGAAGAA